AGGAUCUGUGUGUGGUGUGUACAGCUGUAAAUCGGGUGUGUGGACCAGAGGAAGUGUGAAACCUGCAGCUGUUCGAGAGCCGCAGGAGAAUCAUGGAAAAACCCGAAACCCCGCCGCUGUAGGAUCGAUCAGGGCCGCUCCCCACCGGAGGAGGACCGGCACCGGGAAACUUUGUUCAACCGCCGCUGCACAGACACUCCCUCCGGUCCCCCCGGUCCCUCCCUGCGGGAAGACAUGUGGCUGCACCCGGAGGAAGUUCUGCUGAAAAACGCUCUGAAGCUGUGGGUGACUGAGAGGAGCAACGACUUCUUCCUCCUGCAGAGGAGGAGAGGCCACGGGGAGUCGACAGGCAGAAUCACAGGUCUCCUGGUGGGUGCGCUGGACACGGUGUUGGACUCCAACGCCAGGGUCACGCCCUUCCGCAUCCUCCUGCAGGUCCCGGGCUCCCAGGUCAGCUGGGUCAUCGCUAGCGGAGCUGCCAUAGAGGAGGUGAACAGGCACUGGGACUGGCUGCUCCACAACCUGCUGCACUCUCUGUCUGUGUUUGAGAACAAGGAGGAUGUCGCCAGCUUCGUCAAAGGAAAAGUGAAGGGCCUCAUAGCGGAGGAGGUCCGGGGCCGCCAGGCUGCUCAGGAGGAGGAGCCAGAGAAGUUCAGGGAGGCUCUGCUGAAGUUCGAGUUGCACUUUGGCCUCCCGUCGUCGGAGAAGCUGGUGACGUACUACUCCUGCUGCUGCUGGAAGGGCCGGGUGCCUCGACAGGGCUUCCUCUACCUCAGUAUCAACCACAUGGCCUUCUACUCCUUCCUGCUGGGGAAGGAAGUUAAAUUUGUCAUUCCCUGGGCAGAGGUGACGCGGCUGGAGCGGGUCUCCACCGGUCUGAUGACGGAGGCGAUCGUGGUCCACACCCGGCAGCGGCAGAGGGAGUUCUCCAUGUUCUUGAACCUGGAGGAGGUGUUCGGGGUCAUAGGUCAGCUGGCUGACAUCGCCCUCAGGCGGCUGCUGGACAGCGAGGGUCUGGAGCUGGACCGAGUUCUGCAGCAGCCGGCGCGCAUCACAAAGAGGGUCCUGGAGGAGCAGGCGUUGAGGGAGUACGUCCUGGCUCUGUUUCGGCUCCCCCGCGGCGAGAGGCUUUAUGAGGUGGCGUCCUGUUCGGUGUGGACCCCCCACGCCCGCUGCCACACGAGCGGGACGCUCUACACCGCCGACAAUUAUCUGUGUUUCUCCAGCCGGGAGGAAGGCAACUGCACCCUGCUCAUCCCCCUCACUGAGGUGUUGUCCAUAGAAAAAGCAGAGAGCACCACUUUGCUUCCCAACCCCGUCAUCGUGAGCAUCCGGACGAAGAAGGCGUUCCAGCUGAUCGAGCUGCAGGACAGAGACGAGCUGGUGGAGAGCCUGAACUCCAGACUCCGAUCCCUGCAGUGGAAACAGUCCAUGUUCCGCGGCAGGAAAGACGGCAAGAGGAGUUUGCGCUCGCCGACCCCGUACUACACCUUCUACUACGACACUGGGUAUUCAGCCGAGGAGGAGAUCGAGGAGCAGGUUCUGCGUAACACGGUCAACAGUGAGGCUCUGAUGACGGCCUUCCACCAAAACAAACCAGGGACCAACGGCACCAAGAGCAUGGAGCAGGUGAAGGAGCGGCUGUGGGACGACCAUUUCUCCGAGUUUGGUCGCGGCGUCCACAUGUUCCGCACGGAGAAGAUCCAGAGACUCGUUGCCAUGGGGAUACCGGAGUCCCUGCGAGGGGAGCUGUGGAUGACGCUUUCUG